UUUCUGGUCACUCUGAACCCACCGCACGCUUGCGGUUUGACGUAUGGCCAUUUAAAUCUACAACUUGUGAGAAAAAAGCAAAAAAAAAAACGAACUAACGUUGUGGCGCAGUGCAAUUGAAAGAAAACACGAGUUUCGCAUAUUUUAAUGCGUAAUGCGAACGGUUUGCGCGUGUGUUAAGGAAAAACUAAACUAAAAACUCCUUGCCAGCGAUGGCCCAAUCGGUAACGGCAGGUGGCUGCAAGGAACAGUCCAUGAUGAGCGAGCAUCACACAACGCCCAAGAAGAAGGUAACGUUGGCGCUUGCAGAAUGUGCCAGCGCCAACACAAGCUCGACCGAGGACGAUUCUAUCUUUCGCACGCUAGAAAACUUUACCGCCCAGAAUGGCACAGCAAGCCCGAAGCUGCCCACCAUCAAGGACUUUAGCAUCCUGAAACCGAUCAGCCGUGGCGCAUUCGGCAAAGUGUUUCUAGGUUAUAAAAACAGCGACCAAAACAAACUGUACGCCAUCAAGGUGAUGCAAAAGACGGAGAUGAUCAACAAAAACAUGGUCUCGCAGGUGAUAACGGAGCGAAAUGCGUUGGCCCUGUCCCGUAGCCCGUUCUGCGUGACGCUGUACUACUCGCUGCAAACGCUGUCCUCCGUGUACCUCGUGAUGGAAUACAUGGUGGGGGGCGAUCUGAAAUCGCUGCUCGCUAUGUACGGCUUCUUCGACGAGCAUACGGCACGGUUCUAUGCGGCCGAAAUCUGUCUCGCCCUGCAGUACCUGCACGGGCACGGCAUCGUUCAUCGCGAUAUCAAGCCGGACAACAUGCUGGUGGCCGCGUCGGGGCACGUCAAGCUUACCGAUUUCGGCCUGAGUCGCAUCGAGAUGCGCCGUGAUCUGGAAAUAUCGGACCUUAUUAACUGUUCGCCGAAUCUGAACGCACGAACGCCCGGCCAGCUGCUGUCGCUAACGUCCCAUCUGUCGUUUGGCUCGCACGAUAAGCGCAUAGUGGCAGAUGCGGCGGCUGCCGGCGGUGCCACCGCGAAUCGACCCAUACGGGAGGAAACGUCGGACCACGAGUCGGACAGUUCGUUCGGCAAUUCGCGUCGACAGAACGAUAGCAAAAUGUCGGGCGUGAGUCCGUUCUUUUCCGCCGAGCAAAACGUGAGCGUGGACGAGGAGAUAAAGGUGCUGCGUUCGGAGCUGACGAUAGUGGAGGAAAAGUUCGACUCGUCCUCGUGCUACUACACGUGCAAUUCGGAUGAGGAUGGCAAGACGAGCUCCGGCGGCAGCUGUGAGUCGGUGAAGCAGGUUCGCUUAAGGUUAGAACCGGCAGAUGAACCGGCGGAGGAGAAGGAGAACAUUGACAGCACAAACAGUGGCGAAGAGAAGGCGCGAAUGAAGGAUCCGUUCGAGUGUUUGAUGGUGUCGAAAAAGCUGCACCGAAAUUACACGGGCGAAGAUUCGGGCGUUUCAAGCAGAAAGAGCGAUAUUUCCAACAUUCCCUGUGAACUGUCGGCGAUCGAGAAGGUGGAGAACCACUCAAACAACAGCAAUAAGGACUUCAGUUCUGAUUUUUCAAGGAGUUACAGCAUGAGUAAUAUCACCGAAAUAUCGCACUCGCCCGUUCGGAAUGGAAUGCGUGGAUUUAAAAGGCCAGAAUUUGUCAGAGGAAUCAAACGUGGGCGCCACUUGGGGAACCGGGUAGAUUCGCUCGCUUCAGACGUCGACGGCACCAGUACGGGACUGACGCAGGAGAUCGACGUGCUCGACAUCUGCAGCGAGAUGCAUCGAAGCACGCCCAAAAAGCGCAAAAGCGCCGCCUCCCCGAUCAAGGGCGUGCUGAAGGUACGGUCGCUGUCGGACGAUGAAAUGCAAACGGGCGGCGACGCGAUCGCGAACGUGAUGUUCUCCACGCCCGUCUCCUCGCAAAAGCUACGCCGCGAAGGGGGCCAGCUGGGCAAGCUAAAAAGCACACGCUUCCAGCUGCCCUCCUCGAUCGAGCAGUCGCGCAAAGCGAAAGCGUACGGCGAGCCACUUCCGCCGCACUUCAUCAAAAUGCCCGACGAGUCGGUAAUGUCCCCGAUCUGCACGACCGGUGCGACGGCGGGCUGUGACAGUACUGCGGGCGGCGAUGCGAUCGGCCCGGCGAUCGAGAACACACCGAAGGCGGUGAAGACACCGUUCCGUACGCCGAAAUCGGUACGCCGGGCACCGCUCGGGUCGGACGAGCGGAUCCUCGGCACGCCGGACUAUCUGGCGCCGGAGCUGCUGCUGCAGCAGGGCCACGGACCCGCCGUCGACUGGUGGGCGCUCGGCGUCUGCCUGUACGAGUUCCUUACCGGCGUGCCACCGUUCAAUGACGAGACACCGCAGAAGGUGUUCGAAAACAUUCUCGGCCGGCUGAUCGAGUGGCCGUCGGACGAGGAGUCCCUGUCGCCGGAAGCGGUCGCGGCCGUCGAGCAGCUGCUCGAGAUGGAUCAAACGAAGCGACCGGCGGCGGAGCAGAUGCAGCGGAUGCCGUUUUUCGCCUGCAUCGAUUGGAAAAACAUGAGCCAGCUGGAACCACCGUUCAUUCCCAAUCCGGACGAUCCGCAGGACACCGGGUACUUUGAGGCGCGCAACAUCAUGCAACACCUGAAGGUGUCCAACUUCAAUAUGGACGCUUUUUAGGGGGGAGGUAGGUGGAAAGGUUCCCUCGCACACGGCGCGCACAGCUGGAUACUGGCCGUGGGAAUGACCAGCUGCAGCCAGAUGAGCAGCUUCAGCAGCAGCAGCAGCAGUCCACUAGCGACACCAGCACGAACGAUAUUUGGAACUAUGUGGUGUU